AUGGAUUUUCAGAGAGAGGAAUUGGAAUUCGUCAUAGAAGAAGAAGUGGCAAAACAAACAAUUCGAACAUGGCUAGAAAACUGUCUUCGACGGUUACGAAAUCCAGAAAAGCAAAGGGAUUCACUUGCAGAUACCUCAAGACAUCCAGGAUCAGCAGGUCUGUCAUCAACAACAGAUCACGAUGACGAAUUACCGCGAUUUCGAUUCGGUCAUGACUCCUCCUCCACGGAAGACCUUGAGCGCCCGGCUCCAAUUCGAAAAAAAGCCAUCAGGAAUCGUAGAAGCAGCAUUCCUGACGCAUUUUCUCUUCAAACUGCAACAAUUCUCCACGAAGCAGCAAAAAAGUUCAUGCAGAGCAACAGCGAGAAAAAGUUGGCUCAAGCGCGUUCGCCUCGUCAGCCUGAAGCAGCGCAGUUACUACCCAAGAGAGCUGAAGCAAAAAAAUCAGGAGUGGCCAAGACAUUGCAUGUAUGCCUAAACGUGUACGAUUUGCCGGAUCUUGAAGAGAAAGGCGAAGAAGGGGCAUUUUCUCCACCACCGCUCAAAGAGGAAAAUGACGAGAACAUU